AGUUCACCAUGAGGGCCACUUGGAGGCGCUGUGGAAUUUCUCGACUCAGACUUUAGAGCCGUUGGUUUGUGCCGCGAGUUUUUGUUUUGUUUGUCAGCCACUAAAAAGUUAAGUCAGUUGACAACCUGGCCAAACCAUGAGCUAACGGUACACGUCAUAAAUCCGACUUGUUCAACAUUCUGGUUAUUUGUAAACUUAUCUCGCAGCCGCUCAAAAAAUGUCGGUAGACGGCGAGGAAACUCGUCAGAGGUUGAAGGCAGCGGUUCAUUACACGGUGGGUCGUUUGUGUCGCAAGAUCGGAGAGGAACACCGGACGGAGUUCAGCCGACAAACCAUAGCAGCCAUAGCCGAAACAACGUUCAGAGAGUGCGACAUCUUUGCCAAGGAUCUGGAAGCUUUUGCCAGACAUGCCAAAAGAAGCACAGUGUCUGCAGAAGAUGUAAAACUUCUCGCCCGCCGCAGUAGUGCUCUGUUCAACCACAUACAAAAUAAAAGUGAAGAACUGGCCCAGGAGCAGAGAGACUCCAGAAAGAAGAGUACAGUGAAGAGGAAGAGCAGAGAGGCCGAGGAGGAGAGCAGAGAAUGAGGACAUGACACAGGGAAGCCUGCAGCGUCUGGCUUUGUGCUCAACAUGCAUAGAAAGAUAACGAGCUUGACCAGAACAAACCGCUUUAAUGAACUUUACAGCACAAGACAUAAAGCUAAACUCGUCUCAGGAGGCGUUGAUUUGACAUGAAGUGACGAGUGAUGAGCAACAAAAUCUUUAAAGAACUGUUCAUGUAACAUUUACUGCAUCCAAUAAAUCCUAUAUUCAUCUA